CCCCGUUGAGUCCACAACUGCUCACAUCCUUUGCGCAGUCACCAAUUUGGUUCUGCUCUUCGUAUUCUCACCUGCUCGACACUUGGGUGAAGAAAAAAUAUUCACUUCAUCGUAGCGCAAUUAGCAAGCAUCACGUCACAGAGAGAGAGAGAGAGAGAGAGAGAGAGAGCAAAGGUCAUGUGUGGGUGUGUGCGUGGGAGCGUUUGCGAGUUUAUUCUGCUGCCAGAAUUACAGCUCCACCACCAUUCCGUUUCGAAAUCGUUUAAAUUCAAACUUGCUGGAACAUUUCUGGGACCACCGCAGCAAUAAUCAGUCACAUUCCCCUCGCCUUGAAACAGAAGAUAAAAAUUCGGUAGGAGCUCUCACAUAACGUUUCAGCCGCACACAUCCUCAAAAACCAUGGCUGGCGGGAACGAUAUCAUCACUAACUCCGUGACUGUAAAACCGGGUAAGGGCACCACCGAGAAGAAGAAGCGCAAGCGGCCCUCGAAGAAGGUACCCACCACCAUCCUCGAGGCAUCGAGCACCCACUUCAUGGAACUGGUGCAGAAAUUGACAGGCUCUACCGAAGAGAAACGAGCCAAGCUCGUCUCUGACGCAUCAAAUUCCAGCUCUCCGUCCAGCAGGUCCGUAUCCGGCAAUGCCCAACAAGCAGACGUCCCUAGCUCACAGACAUGCCACCAAGGUCUCCGCAGCGGCAAACCCGUUGGCUAUGGCGACCUCGACUGCGAUUCCUCGUCCCACAGCAACAAUUACACCUCACCCCACACCCAUCCCGAGAUGCCAAGCUUGGAUUUCUACCACCAUGAAGCAGAGACAUCCGAAUACUACAACAACUACCCGGAUUAUUCGGUGAGUAGCUCACGAAUUGCCGAUGAGGAGGAUUUGCAUCGACUCAGUUCCAGUUCGGAAGUGUCCAUGGAGUCCCUGACAGCUCUGGGAAACGAAACCUCGCCGUUCUCAUCGCAAUGGCGAGACCAAGUGGGUCAUCAGGAUUACUUGUUCCAGGUGGCCGCAACGCACGCUUGAACCCUCUGCGCCACACCACACCAUCGGUGUUGUACAGAUCUUCAAGUUGUCAUGUGCAGUUCGUGUAAAGGCACAUCGACUUUGGAGUGAAUGGUAACUGUGAAUACAUGACUGAAAUUUGUUCAUAUCCACGAUCAGCUGAUGUGAACCCACUGAGUACAUGCAACGGCAGCGAAGGAUUUUAAACCCUGAGCCAACGAAAAUGUGCAUUCCUCCCUCUCAUUCUCUCAUUGAAUUGAGAUGAGAAGCCGCUGUUGAUUGCAAAACCUUUGCAGUUAGGGUUAGCGUCAAAGUUUUAAAAAGUGCAUUGUUAUGCAUCAUGUACCAUUGUUUAUGAAAUAGAAAGGUAUCAUGUUUGUUA